AUUUUUUCCCGUUUCAGAGAGCCUUAUCUGGUUACUGCACCACAGACUGCCAGACCGGGGUUCAACUUUUCGUUGGUAGUUGACUUAUUUGUUGACAGAUCAGUGGACCUGCGGGCUCGAAUGUACUCAUAUCGCGAAAACUAUUAUCAAACCUUUGAGCAGAACAUCGUAACAGCCUCUGGUUCAUACGUGAAAGGUCGCCCCACUGUCAUUGAUCUGCCAGUACCAUCCAACUUGGAGUCAGGCUUGUUCAAUUGGGAAGUGGUGUGCAAUGAUUGUUCAUUCCCAGACCCUCUCUGUCACACGUGCAGUGACCACUCCACAAGGGUGUACGGCGGGAUGGCAAUAGUUUAUGAUGCCACCACCAUUCUAGUGCAGACAGACAAAGCUAUUUAUAUGCCCGGGCAAAUUGUUCACUACAGAGUUUUUGCAGUGUAUCAAGACCUAAGAAUGUACACGGGAUCUUUCCAGGUUGAAGUCGAAGACCCCAAUGGAAACAAGAUUCAGCAACUUUUCCAAGUGGUUGGUUUACAAGGUGUUGUGGAAGGCAGUCUGGCACUGGCCGAUCAAACCGUGUUUGGUGACUGGAAAAUCACUGCGCAAAUCCAGACAUUCUCCAGAGAAAAUUUCUUCUCCAAGAAGUUCACAGUGGCAGAAUACUCUUUGCCAAGGUUCGAGGUGAAGGUCAAUAUUCCGUCGUAUGCGUUAACGUCUGACGAAUACCUGACAGGAUCAAUCAAAGCCAGCUACACAUUUGGACAGCCUGUGAAGGGAAUGGUGGAGCUGCAUGUGUCGUCCACGGAAGAGACCUACAGCAGCUGCCGCAGCCAACCACUCUUCUUACAGAUGGCGUUUGAUAUCGAUGGCGAGGCAAAGUUCUCAGUCCCAAACGUCGACAUCCGUCGGUUCAUGAGCACUACUGAAGGAUCUCAGGUCACGGUCAAGGCCAUCGUGAAGGAAUCUCGGACAGACGUGCACCUGGAGGGCUCGACCAAUGUGACGUAUCGAGACUCACCUUACAAAGUGAAAAUACUCGACAACACACCCAGCGUGUUCAAGCCAGGCCUGCCCUUCAGUGUCUUUGUGAAAGUCUCCAUGCAGGACGACAGUCCUGUUCUCGGCGAGAACUCCGUUACGGUGCUCGGUAUAGGAACCUACUCCAUCCCUGUCAGCAACAGCUACCUGUAUGGAACAAACCAGUUCACAGGCAGCUACCCUCUGGGUGUCAGAACCAUUGAUGUGCCGCCAUCAGGUGUAGUCACAGUCGACGUGGACAUACCAUUCAACGUUUCUGAAAUCAAAGUUAUUGUUUACUUCAAAGAUCUCAGCGCUGUACAGACCGCCAGCAAACUGUACUCCCCAAGCAACAACUACUUACAACUGACAGUCCUCGACCAGUACCUUAAGAGCGGACAAACAGUUCACGUGCGGGCACAAGCCACAGAAAACAUUGGCGAUCUGCGGUACGAGAUUUUGUCCAGAGGUGUAGUCUGUGGAUCCGGGGUUGUCAACGCAAACAACCAGACCGAAGUGACCUUUGGCAUUCCACUGACCUUUAAAAUGGCGCCCACCACACACAUGACAGCUUAUUACAUGCAUGCGGAGAGAGAAGUAGUGGCCGACAGCAUUGCUUUCAACGUCGACGGAAUCUUCGAGAACGAGGUCUCCUUGGAAAUGAGUGUGAACAGAACCGAGCCUCACACGGACCUGGAAGUGUAUGUCACAGCCGACCCUAACUCUGUGGUGCACUUGCUUGCUGUGGACCAAAGUGUUCUGCUGAUUAAGACAGGAAAUGAUGUCACCCCUGCCCAGGUAAAAGACGGGGUUGCCAAACAAGAUGUAGGGUCAAAACCUUCGGAUUCAGCAUUUGCUCUCUCUUUAAGCACAACAAACACACGUGCAACUUUACAGGCAGUUGGCCUUGAUGUUUAUUCCAAUAUGGAUCUUUAUACAUCUCAGCAACCUACCAUCCAGGAACCAUAUGAUUCAACAAUCUACGGACCUCCAAUUUUAGCCGUGAAGCCUACAGAUGGGCCAAUAGCAUACCCACCUUCUUAUACAGGAGAAACGCCAUCAGUGUACCCCCCAAUGUAUACCGCAGAAAAUAACCUGAAGGAAGUGACUCGAGUACGCAGUCUGUUUCCUGAGACCUGGCUGUGGCUCAACCAGUCAGUCGGGGUCAAUGGCACAGCAGUGAUCAGGACAACGGUACCGGACACCAUCACAUCAUGGGUUACAACUGCCUUCGCCACUAAUUUGGACUCCGGGUUCGGGAUCGUUCCCCAAGCAUCCAAGCUAACAGUUUUUCGGUCCUUUUUUGUGAGUCUUAAUAUGCCGACAUCAGUGGUGAGAGGCGAGUAUGUCGUGAUACAGGCUGACAUCUUCAAUUACCUCCCUACUAAUACGACAGUGUUAGUGACCCUUCCUGCUUCUCAUGAAUAUAUGAACGUGGUUAUCGACUCCGAUGGCAGCGAAAUUUUAACUUCUGAAGACCAGAAGCAGGUUGUACAGAUCAGCUCUAAUGAGCAAGCAGUUGUACACUUCCCAAUCAUCCCCUCUGGCCUGGGAACUAUCGACAUCGAGGUGUCGGCGAGGUCCACCAUGGCAGCUGAUGCUGAAAGAAGACAGUUGCAUGUGCAGGCCGAAGGCGUACCCAAUGAGUUCAGCGUGCCAGUCUUCAUUCACCUUGAUCCCACCAGUACAAACAGCUUCACUAAGAGUUUCAACAUUACUUUGCCAAGUGAUAUCGUGGAGGGCUCGUCUAGGGCAUCUAUCCGUGUCACAGGCGACAUACUCGGGCCAAGUAUUGAGGGGCUGGAAAGUCUUCUGCGAAUGCCUACUGGUUGUGGCGAACAGAACAUGAUCUUGAUGGCACCUCAUGUCUACGUCUACACAUUGCUAACCUCCACGAGACAGAUUACACCAGAGCUUGAUGCCAGACUGAAAUAUUUUAUUGAGAGAGGAUACCAGAGAGAGCUGACAUACCAGAGGCAUGAUGGCUCCUUCAGCUCCUUUGGUGACCGUGAUUCAGCAGGCAGUACAUGGCUGACGGCUUUUGUUCUGAGAGUGUUUCACCAGGCACGAGGCAUCAUCUUUGUGGACAAACAUGUUCUGCAGAGGGCUGUCUACUGGCUGCUGAGUCAUCAGAACACAGACGGCUCCUUUAAUGAGUUUGGUCAUGUUUAUGAUGUGCAGAUGAGGAGUUUCGGCGACCACUCACCUGGACUGACUGCUUUCGUCCUCCUGGCUCUGACAGAGAACACUGAUGCUGACUGGAUGACGGGUCCAUACGACAUACUUGGGGCAAUCAACAAGGCGAAAGAUUUUCUUAUUGGGAGUUUUGAUAGAAUUUACGAUGAACUCUCCCUGCUUCUGACAUGUUAUGUUUUGCUGGGGAUGCCGAACUCCAGUGAGCUGGAGGAGAAAAUAUUGACGGUUCUGAAGACGCGAGUGUUAAGAAACAACGAGAUUGUGCUCGGGAGAGUAAAUCAAACCAAUCAGGUCAACUCUUACAGUCGCUGGGGAACAGGCUACACCCGCGCUCGACCAAUAGACAUUCAGCUUACAUCCUACGCGCUGCUUAGCUUCACAGCAAGAGGUCUGUUCCAGGAAGGACUGGAGCUACUUAGCUGGCUCACUCAUCAACGGAAUCCUUAUGGAGGCUUUGUGUCUACUCAGGACACUAUUGUGGCCCUGCAGGCCAUGACAGAAUUUGUAAAACAUUAUGCCCCUUCUGGAUAUGACAUGCAUGUCCUUGUUAGGACUGAGCAGAGUCCCUUUCACUUUGAGGUCAACAUGAACAACUCUCAAGUACUUCAGUCCCAUGGGUUGUCAUACAUUCCAAAAGAACUGACUUUUGAAGCAACUGGGCAUGGACUGGUUGUUGCUGAGUUGGAUGUAUUCUUCAAUGCGGAGUCAGACUUUGGAGAAUCGGCAUUCGAUGUGUCCACUGUCCUCCUGGACGACUACCUCAACAGUUUUAAACUCAUGAUCUGCACUCGCUAUAGACUUGCUGGAGAAAGUGGUAUGGUGGUACAGGAAGUAGGAAUCCCAUCAGGCUUUGCACCGGAUGUGACGAGCAUAGGGAACGUGGCCGGUCUGAAGCGCGUGGAACAGCGGGGACGAUUCCUUGAUGUCUACAUCGACAGGGUUGAAAGGAAUUCGAUGUGCUACACCGUUAUGUUUGACCGUCGAGACAAAGUGGCCCACUCACAGACCAGUUAUGUCAUCACACAGGAAUACUAUGAACCCGGUAACCGAGAUGUUGUGGGCUACCAGCCUGUUAGUUUGCGAGAUGCCACCGUGUGUGAUGUCUGUCAGGACUGUUGCUGACAUCUCUUUUGGAAUGCAGUUUGAAAACCUUGUCCAUUGUUUAAAAAUAGCACACAAUGACAUAUUGAGGUAAACAUACAACGCUCUUUAACAAGAAUAAAGAACUGAUAA